UAAGAAUAAAAUAGAGCUAAAUUUGUAAAAAUUUCCACACCAUCAAAAUGUCAAGACUAGAUCCUUUAGUAGUAUCUGGUGUAAUAGGAGAUGUAUUGGAUCCAUUUACAAGGUCCGUAGACUUUAAUGUGGUUUACAAUAAUAGGGUGCAGGUCUACAAUGGCUGUGGAUUGAGGCCUUCACAAAUUGUCAACCAACCCAGGGUUGACAUUGGANGAAAUCCUCUAUCCAUUUUUUGGAAGGUUAUGGUGGAUCCAGAUGCUCCAACCCCGAGCAACCCAAACCAGAGGGAGUAUCUCCACUGGCUGGUCACAGAUAUCCCAGCAACCACAGGAGCAAACUUUGGCAAUGAAAUUGUACGUUACGAGAGUCCACGACCUUCAUUGGGAAUUCAUCGCUAUAUUUUCGUGUUGUUUCGACAAUUGGAUCGAGAGGUUGUGAAUGUUGAUAUAAUUGAUUCUCGUCAGAAUUUUCACACUAGAGACUUUGCAAGGUUUCACAAUCUCAAUUUGCCUGUUGCUGCUGUUCACUUCAACUGCAAUAGGGAAGGUGGUACCAGUGGCCGUCGCCUAUAAAUAAGUUUAAUUUAUAUAUAUUGUCAGUAUACGAAAUUUUUACACUAUCUAGUCACAUUUAUGGUUUAAAAUUAUAAAUCUCAUAUUUUAAGAAAAUGGUAAUUUACCUUACACUGACGGUAUAUAUAAUUUAAACUCAAAAAAAAAUGUCUUUGUAAUAUGUCUCCUAAAAAAAAAAAUAAUGUCUUAGUAAUAUGUCUCCUCAAAAUUUACUGAAUUUUUAAUUUAUACAUGGAUGUCAACGUGAGGAAUUUACCUACUACAAAGUUACAUGCAAAAGUGUGGAUCCUCAUAUCUACUGUUAAAGGGGGCAUCUUAUUAUAGAAUUAUACUUUAAUUAUAUACUCCUUCCGUUUCAAUUUAUGUGAACUCAUUUGACUGUACACGGAGUUUAAGAAAAGCGAGAAGA